AUGUGGCACUUUUCUGCAUUUCUGAAGCUCAGGACAAUGGCUUUUGCUAUCAUCAUGCUUACUAGCCUCGUAUGGACCACGCUGUUGAGUGUCUGGCUAUUCAUCAAGUGGGAUAUAUCAGAUAGCUCACAAAGAGAAAUUGUCGUCGUUUUUAUCGUUGCAAAUUGGUUGUCAGCUGUCAUUUUACCUACCAUGCUCACUGUUGACUUCAGAGCAUGGGUAGAUGCCGCACCAUUGCUUGCUCUCCUCUUCUUGCACGUCGGGACUGCCAUUAUUUACACGCUAUCGUUCUCGCAGUUCAGCUGUCCACCUCAAAACACAGCUGCCUCGUGCAGAGACAUCAAUCUUGUCAUACUGUGUGGCAGUUGGGUGAAUCCCGCACUUCGUGAGGUUCCUUCCUUUACUUGUGGACGGGUGCUAAUCAUACGGGGUGCAUUCAUAGUGCUCGCGUAUGUGAUAUACUUGGGCGUCGUCCUCAUAUGGCGUUCGCAAGAUCCUGAAGCCUUCGAAUCGUUUGAGAAACGGCAGUCCGAACUGCCAAUGAUGUUACCGCCCCAGCGAGUUUCCGCGAACACGUUCACGUCAAUCCAUCAUGAUCAGUCAAACGGUGUUGAUGGCUCGUCGCAGCUACCUUGGCUGGCACCUGCGAUGCAGCCUGCUUCGCGGGACAACCAGGACCUUGAGUCGGAUGACUCCAGCCCCCGGUCUUCUGGAAGACUAUCCAAACCGUUGCCCAAAUACUUCUACUGA